GACUCUCGACAGUAAACGAAACCAAAGCUUUAUCCUAUUUGUAACUUCUUCCUAUGUUUCAAAAUAUAUUUUCAUUUCACAUCUCAUUUCUUUUCUUGAUAAUAACUGGUUGCAGGAAGGUUUCCUAUGUUUAGUUAUUACUAUAGUUAUAGUUCAACGAUUUUGGCGCAUAAAGGUACUCACAGGGACAAUAACGUUAAGCGCAAUGAGUAAUUCCAGUCGUAGUUGUACUACUUGUUAUCAACUCGUUUCAUUCUAGUGUCCUCUCAUGCGUAAUAAGUAGUACCUGAGACUCAUCUUUUUUGUUCAUUAAGAUGAAAGGCGGUAAAAUAAGGUCAGUGAUUCUGUCUUCGUAGUCAAUCAAAUUAUGUGGGAAACUUUAGUGAUAUGAUGGAACAAACGUAAAGGAUAAGCUCAUGGGUAGCUGAAAUGUUUUGUAUGGCUUCUGAGAUAAUUUAUGGAUAAAAGCGACAACCAACUGCAGGAAAUAGCGCAAUAAUGAAUCAACACUUCACUGAAAUCCUAGUGCUGUAAAAUCAACAUGAUCGGAGCAACAAUAGGAAAAUUUAAGACCGAUUACAGGACAAGUAAAUAGAUUUGAAGUAAUAGCAUGUUAAGUUAUUACAACACGAUAGAGUAAACGUUAUCCGUUUCAAACCGCAUUCUUUAAGGUUUCGUUUAUAUUCGACAACUGACUCAAGGAAUCUGCAGUCGUUUAUCAGACAUUUUUGCACUAAAUUUGAGUUAUGAAUGUUAAAUUGAAACUAGUUUACCGAGUAAUUAAGAUAUAUUGAGUUGAAAGGUUACAGGUAAACUUAACACUUUCUGUUAAUCAAGUAGUAAUUUGUUGGUUGGGCAUUCUAUGCAUAACUUUCAGGUUGUAUAAGUUGAUUUCAGACUGUUAGCAAAAUCUUGUUAUUAAAUAAGUACUUUCCUGUCGUAAAGAUACAGCUUCACCAAUAUAUGAGGGAAGAACAUUGGGUUAUCCAAUAUAGACUACUUAAUGUCCAUUCGUGUAAUUGAUUGUUUUUGAAGUUUAAAUUUAAUGCCUUGUGUAACAAUGCGGAAGAUUGUUUUUGUUUACACUCACGGCAUUCAUCGAAAUUUAUUUUUGCCGCCAUUCUAAACGUUUUUCCCUUAAUCUGUUCAUAUUUGUGUAAGGGUGUGAAUACACCACUCCUUGUACACUAAACGUAAAUGGGAUUAUUGAGCUGAAACCAAGUUAAUUAAACACUCAAUUGUAAAUGAAGACAGUUCAUAUCCAAAUUUUUAUGACGAUGAUUGGAUCUAGAUCAACUCACUAAGGUUUGAGCAAUCCGGUUAUUACGAUACUUACUAACACGAAGGUUGUAACUCCAUUGUUAUACUAAAUCUUGCAGGUACAUUUAGAAAAUAAUUCUUCCUGAUGAAAUCGUAUUUCUUGUCACUCGCAAAAAUAAAAGUCAGCUUGGGCACCGACGUUCGUUGCUUUGCAUGGCUCAGAAUCGAUCACAAUGUCACAGGUGUAUACACUUUUUGUCUUCCCUUAAACCGUGAGAAUAAAGUUGCUUUGUACCUUUCUACAAAUUACUCCUCUUUCCCUGUAUCAUGUCCUUAUAUGAAACUCUUUUUUUUACUAUCAUUGAAGUAAUUGCUUCUAUGAGUUUGGUGCUCAUCUUGUUCUGCUAAUGAUGUAUGGCAACUUGAACCGAUGUAUAUAUGUGUCUGAUCCUACCUUGUAGCUGACUGACUUGGUUGUUAUAUGGAAAUAUCCCACUUUUACGAAAUUUAUCUUUAACAAUCAUCAUCAUAUAGUCGCGUCAGCUGUCAGUACUGAUUAAGUCAUGUUUGACUCUUGUACUACCUUAGCAGUCACUUGUGAAACUUACUCAAACCCAUCUGGAAGACAUUGCUGUUUAAUGUUCUAUCUGGCUCUUAUAUAUAGAGAUCCCCUUCCACCUUACGUCUGAUUGCAUCAGAUGUAUAUCACCUUAAUUUCUUACGUCGAAUUCAGUCUCUAAGACUGGUCCAAACUUAUGGUAGUUUACACUGACGAGGUGUAACGUACACACAACUUUAUGCAGUUAUAUUACUCAUGAGUAGCCAUUACUCUAUCGCUCAGGUUGUUAAUUGCUUCCCAUUGAUGAAUAUAGUUGGCAUCCAUCCGACCAUAUUGAAAUAAUCUCCAUGCCUGCUCGUUUGUUUUUAUCGUUUGGAAUGUUUGUUAUUAAGUAUGAAACCAUAUAUACACCCGUUAUCCUAGCGAAUGAUUUCAGGACAGUAGUUUUCAGAGUUAUGGAUUUUCUGACAUUCGUAUUACAUUGAUGUGACUAUCAAUAAAGUCAGUUAUCUACCUUUUUAUACAGUGAUUAAAUUUAUGGGUGAUCUGACGGACUAAUAAUUUGAGCAACGACUAUAAUUACAGCGAUACUACAAUGUUCAUUAUUUUAAAGUACAGCAUAUAUUGAGUCAGAUCGUUAGGUGCUUAAAAUACGUCAUUGAUCAUUUGUUUGCUCAUGGGCAUAACUAGCACUCUCGCAUAGAUUGUCUUGUUCCUGUUUCAGAAUUGGUGUUACACAAAGUUCUUUUAGUGCUAUAAUAAUUGUCUCUGAAGAAAAUAAAUCCUUCAUUCGCCCCCAAAUGCCCUGGUACGGCCGAGAGUGGGGAGGGUCCACUCUCCCUCUCGAAACGCUCUUACAUGACCACGUGCAUACAAACACUGCCAGGGAAGUCCUACUCAUUGCCUUCUCGUGGUGGGGUGUUAUUUACGAAGUUGAGAGGACGAAAAGCGAAUGUCCAGCGCUUUAACCGGGUUGGUGGACACGGAGAGUUCACCUAGGGGAGUUACAAAACCCUGAUUUCAAACCAAUGAUGCACAUGGGCUCCAGUGUCCUGAGGGGACAAAUGGCGUAUGAACCAGUCGUUGGUCACCGGCUACCAUGUUACUGCAUCUCCCAACGUUGCUCCAUUGCCUUGUGGACCAGACCUUCAGGUCGAAGGCUCCGAGUGUGGCUCCCUAAGAAAACCACCUGCUUCGGUGUGGGCACCCGGGCAGUAUCACAGUCCACGCACAAAUGAAAUAAAGAUGACGAUUUGUGUGGCGCAUAUGUAUUUAGUGCCUCCUUGUACCGAUAUCUAUGUGUUAAAAUAAAUCCUUCAUUCAGGGACUUAAUUUCUUUUGAAUGCUGUAAUUAAAGGUGUCCAGUAAAGUAAAUAUUGUGGUGGGGUCACAGCAUCAUGAAGAAUUGGAACUAGAAUUCCGGACAAUAAACAUGUAUCCCGGAAUGAAAAUAACAGUUGUGUUGUUGAAGGUAUGUACUGUCAAAUAAUGUUCUAGUCAUAUCAGGAAAACACUUGCAAACCACAAUAUCCAUUCGUAAUCACUCACAUUGCUAGUCUUGUUUACUGGAUAAUCCUCGUUCUCGAACUGUAGAACAUGAUAUGUUUGGGUUUUAUGGAUAGUAAAAAUGAAAUCAGAUGGGCUUUCUUAAAAAGGAACUAACAUCGUUUUCGACAUAUUGGCCAUUGCACAAGUCCAAUACUUCUAAGUUCAUGCUGUUACUAGAAAAAACCAAAUCAGUAUUGCGUCGUUCCCUUUUUGAAACUAAGGUUAUGAAAAUGAAACAUAUGUAUAUACAUUUAUUGAACAGUAAUUGAAGUCCACUAAAAAAAAUCCAGAUCUCGAAUGUUUAAAUGCGGAUUUCCUCCGACUUUCCGCUUAUUGCGUUUACAUCUGCAAUCGAUUAGGUAUGUUUGUCUUCUAUCAUGCCAUCAUAGAAAUUCUACUGUCUCCUGAUUGGUCACACGUGGACAGGUAUGUUUUCUGAAAUAUGAUUGGUUGAAGAAUUUUAAUUCCUGUCUCAUACUCCAACUCUGUGUGGGUGAAAAGGUAUGUCGUGAUAGACAUACGACGUAUAAGCUAUGCCUCAGCUCCGUGGGUGGUUCAUACUAAGAAUAGUUAUUAACCCUAACUUGUUCUAGAAUCCUGGUUACCUGUCUCUUCUUUAUUCAAAAUUGUCUCUUGUUGCACCCAUAUUCCAUUGCGCUGCUGCAUAGAUUUUUUGAUUCGACCUGUCCUUCCUCAACAUUGGUCUAUAAUUCACCACAAGCGCAGAGUUGAUUACCUAAUUUCAAAACAAUGGGUUUAGUCUUCCGUCUACCUCCCAAAGAGUAUGAAUUUCUAGCACUUAUUGUGGUUGUCUACUGGAUACUAGUUAUUGGUCAUGCAGCCGCUGAUUACAGUCUACUGAUUGGAAUUCCUUUGCUACCAUUGAUAAUCUUACAGAUUGCCUUACUUUUACAUGUCUGGAAGACGUUAAAGAAGCGUGCGAAGUACCAAAUUACUGCCAUAAACUAAUAGUGCUGAUUAUCGAUUUGGAUCUAAUUAAAACUGAAGUGGAUUUUUGUUAUCCAUUCAAGGCGAACUGUGGAUAUUUUAACUCUUAGUUCUUGAUGCUUUUCACUUUAUAGUGUUGCUGCUUUUUUCGGACGCUGGAAAUUUAGAAUUAUGUGCAAUAUUUCUUGUGCUGUAUAUAUUUUUGGCUGUGAAUUCUCUCCGUUUGACUGUUCUCUUUUUCUUUAUAUUAAAUAACAAUGAAUUCUGUAUUAUUUCCACUAAAAUAUAUUUUCUUACUGUACUUGCAGGUAAAAGUAAUCUAAAUUUCAAACGUAUUUUGCUGUUUUGUCUCACUCAUGCUAGGUUAGGAUUAUAUUCUCGUAUUAGUUGGAAGUAAAAAGGAGUACAUAUAAAUGUUUAUUUCACUUGUGAUAAGGAUUUAUUUUCGUUUGGACUGAAUUUUUAGCGAAGAAAGUUAAAAGUUGAGUUUUCCUCUAAGAACUACGUUUAUCAAUAAUCUGCUUAAACUUACCAGUAAUGUGUUGGUCAAAUCAUAUUAAGAGAUAAAAGAGCAACAGUUUUGAUAAUUCAAAAUAUUGUUUAACAAAAUCUAUCUUAAAGUUAGAUUAGCGUGUGUUUGGUUGACGAAUUUCAUCUACUACGUUCUCGCUUUUAAGUGUAAGCGGUUGAUGUAAAAGUAAAUAUAUUGUAUCAUGCUGUAAUCAUAUUUUUAUUUACAAUUGAUACAUACUGAUCAUCACUUUAUCAUUUAUACCAAUUUGUUUUUGAUCAGUUAAACAUAUCUGAAGUGUUAUAAAGUGUGAACACAAGAGCAGCUCAUCAAGUCACAAUGAUACAUCUCAUAGCAACACUCAACGUAAAGCAUUCGAAAUAACCAGGUAGCGAUCAUUAAAUAACAGGGAAAAGUCGGUACAGAUCAGUGAGGUGUGCUUCAUUAAUAUCUGUGGGACGUUUCCUAUUCUAUUUGUCUAUCGAUAGGCGUGAUCAUUUUGUAGCCAUAACUUUGUAUUAAAACUCUGAACGCAUAAUUCGUCAUCUUUGAGUUGUGUUUGGUGUAAUACAUCGUUUAUUUGAUUAGCCUGUAAUUACCAGCUAUAUAAAUAUUUUACUCCAUUGAUGGUAUAUAGUCGUUAGUUUUUUAAACUUUGUUUUACAAAUUUAGUGGUUACGUCUCUCACUCAAACAAUGGGUAAUAUAAGAAAGCAUUGUACAAUCCGUAUAAUAUCUGAAUUCAGAAUUUAUUUCCCAUCGUCUUAGACUACCUAAAAUCAAGAUACAGUGCACCAUAAUGUCGAUCAUUUAAACUAAUAAUUGGUCAUAUUGCAGCUUGAUCGAUGGAAUUCGUUCAACCCUAAAACCUAACAUUAUGUUAAACAAUACUCAGUGACCAAUCAAUAAAUCAUCUUUUUGAGCGUCUAAGUUCACAUCUUUUUAAACACUAAUUAAUUAUUAGUUCUCACAGUCUGCAUUAGUGAAGCAAUUGAUGGUUUAUUUCUAUUAAGAAUCGUUUGGUUGAAAAUUAUGAAUAAUGUUAGGUGAUUGGUAGUAGUUGUCAAGAAAUGCUGAACUUAAGUUGCGUACUGGUCGGUACCCGUCAGUAAAAGUUACCCGCAAUCUUGACGGAACAUAUACUUCCUAUGGGAUUGGGACCUUCAUGAAAUAACUUGAGUCUAAAUAAAAUGUUGCUAUAUGAUCAAUAGGAUCCAACCUCCACCAAAGACCACUCACUAUUUGAUGAACAGUGACUUGUAGGUUUCAGUAAUCCUUAACAUUUUGGCGUUCAAAAACUUUGAAUGUUUAUAAAUUCUUAAUAUUUCCACAAAGAGGCAGUUGCUAAAGAGCUCGUAAAAACUCUAGUUCCAACAUGAUUCUAGUUUGUUUUUCACUAUUAUUAACAAUUUAAUUAAUUGAUUAAAUCUUAACGCUGAAGAAAACCCAAACAUUACAGUUCUAGUUCAUAUUAUCAACUUUUUUCGUAAUGAAAACGAUUGAAGUUACGUCAACCUUGGUGAUCAACACAAUCUUUAAGGAAAUGAGACCACUUCUUCAAAGUAGUAACUAUAAACUGAGAGGUAUGUAAUAUCUUAGGAAAAAAACACCAUUUGCUUCCUAUCUACUGAUCUUAUAAUAUCAAUUGUUAUUACCAUUAUUAGUUCUAAUAAUGGUAGUAGUGUAGUAGUUAAAAUAUUUGUUUUUUAGCCAUUAAGUCGUAAGUUCGAACCACAUCAUAUCUGUUUUUUAGUCGGUUCGUUUGUAUCAAUAGAUCUCAAUACCUGGUUUAUAUUUAAUAAUUUCAUUAUAACAAUUGCUAUUUAUUGAUUUGGGACUUUCUUGUCUAGUUGAACUCAUUGCAUAUGUGUCCAUUCAUAGAUUGGUUUGAAUACUUAUUUGAGAUUGAGGCUUCAGAGGGACGUAUUGGGAUUGAUACACAACAUUUUCAAAUGAUUGUAUAAACUCUAAAAAUCAGAUAUGCAAAGUUAACGACGUAAUAAUUAUCGUUAAAAAAAAACUCAAAGCAAUUUCUUGACUAUUUCCUCUACUUAUUACUGUUUAUUUCGACUCAAACAGUCCUAUGCGUUACAUUGUUUUUUUCUCGCCUAUGCUUUUCCUUAAAUUAUCCCGGGUUUAAGUGAGUGAUUGAAAGAAUAAGUGUUAAGAGUGUAGGGAAGACUACUUUAAUGUGUAUUUCGUCAACUACCUUUCAAGUUUAUGAUUAUUUCAUCUCUUAUUUUCUACCGAAGUAAUUCUUUAUAAUAUGUUCAAUUCAUUUUAUCUAUCGCCCUAAUACAACCCUCUUGUUAUCUAUCUUUUGUAUACUAUCGAUGAUGGUUCUUACGCUGAAUUGUCAGUAAUUCGGUCAGUCAGUGUUAGAGUUGUCGCUUUCUACUUCAUUUUAUUAGAAAAAUCUCGAUAACGAAUAUGUAAAAAAAAUCCAUUAUGUGCUGAGGUUGUCGUGAAUUGGGAUUGCGCAUGAUUGGGAGAUUCUUCUAAUAUGGAACGAAAUCGAUGUUAAAUGGAUAGGUUCAAUGACUAAUACACAACUCUUUAAUAGUUAUUCCCUCCAGGAUGGAAUAGUGAGAAGAGAAGGCUUGUAAAAUGUAAGAUCUAUUGGUUAACAUAACAGAGAAAUCAAUUUUUUAUGUUAUAAACUGACAGAUUUAUGUACAAAAUAAACCUCAUAGGCGACCGGAAGAAGUUAGCCUGUAGAUCAAUCACUCUCCAAUCAGUUAAGACACCUAACUUAUUCUUAGGCCUAGUUCUUUUCCAUUGUAUCAGAGAUGCACCUAAUUCUGAUAGGAAUAACCAUUAUUACUCAUUUGUAAAGAUUUAGCUGUAUAUUAAAAUGAGUUUGGAUGGUGAAUCUCAUUGCACUGACGUGGUCUAGCAAUUCAGGUUGAUACAUAUAUGUUCCAUUAUUCUAUGUUGCUCAUAACUGUCUGACAGAAUCCUCAAACUAUUAAAAUAUAGCUGCACAUUUUGGUUGUUUUUAUGUGUUAUAUUGCAGUACAUUGUUUUUAAGAAAAAUCAAUGUUUUCGUGUAUAUCCAGUUCAUCUUAGGAAUUCAUAUAAUAAACAGUGUAUGUUGUUUAGCAAUCAAGUUCCAAAACGAUAAUAGGUAAGUCUUUUUUUCUGCUCUCUUACUUACUAAGAAUUGGGGUUAUGAUUGGUCUAGUUCUAAAUCUUCAGUAUGAAUUAACAAAAUAUCGGCGAGACUAUAACCUAUAGACGACCUUUGUGUGAAACUGAGGUGGUAUUAAGAAACUUUAACCGCUUGUUGGUGUUAAAACAGAGUUAUAAAUUAGUGUGAGGAAUUGCGGUUAGGCAUUAGAGUUGAAAGUUAGGGUCAGGAGAUUAGAGUUAACUUCCUCUUCACUAACUUACAUCGGCCAUAAUAUCAAAAUGCUGUUAAACAAUAUGGAUGAAUAAAUUUUUGCACCGAAAUCCGUAAAGCGCUAUACUACAUCAGAUUGGUUCUUUCAUAAAUUGUAGUCACUCUGAAUAUAUCAUAUUGAGUGAUUUUUUCAAUAUACUAAUUAGGCAGCUAAAUACAUUUUUAUUAGUAUAGGGUUAAGGAGAUUGUUGAGUUUUUGUUGUGAUUAUAAACCGAUCGAUAUGAGAUCAUCAUUGAAAACCUGGCAGUACUGGACGACCAUUUCGUCCUAGUAUGGGACUCCUCAGAAGUACGCGUCGACGAUCCCGCAUGCGAGGCCUGAUCCCAGGACCCUCAUUCUUGCGUGAAUGCUUGACUUUUAGGCCACCGAGUCGGCAUCCAACUUCAAUCAAUCCACGUUACAGCACGACUAUCUUCGAUGGGUAACUGCCUGACAUUCGACACGGUCUUCAAUGGUGAUCUAGCAUUGAUCGGUCCAUGAUUUCAUCAAAAACUACAUUUUUACCAAUUACUCUUCAACUUGCUAUUGAAACUCUAUGGCACACCGCUUUUGUUACUGAAGUUAGAAUACAAGCAAUUCGUCAACAGACCACCCGCAGCUCUUCUAUUUAUUGAACUAAUUGAACAGUUAGUUAAUCACCAGCAUUCAAGUAACAUAUAAGUGAUAUAAAACUACUCUUGUUCGGUUGUAGCAGUAGUAGCAGUCCAAUAUGUAUACUUAGCAGCCUAUUGUUUACACAGGUUAGCAAUUGUCAAGUUUCCAAGUGCGUUGUAUGUAUGUGUAUGCAUACGAAAACUAAAGUCCUUUUUUUUCUCACCAGGCAUCGAUUUUUAUUCAAACACACAUUUUGACUACAGUUUAAUUUAACAGAAUAUAUAACUGGUUAUUUAUGGUUUUUCAUCUAUUUCACACUAACUUAGACGAAAAAUAUCUUAAUCUGAACGCGAUGCCAUUACAUUAGUAUUUAUGGAGUGCGUUCCUAUGGUGUUUUAUUUAAUUGGUUUACCUAUAGAUUUUUUCCUAUCCUUUGGUUGGUAAAUCAAUUCAUUCAUUGGGGUGAAAAAUGUGAUGAUAAAUGGAUAGAUUCUAAUAUACUGUAUGCAUGCAUUAGUUAUCCGAGCUUUUUAUGUGACCCUGUGAUCGACCUAUCGUGUGUGUAAGCAUUACCUCCUCUGUGGCCAUAACACUAUUGUGUGUGUGUAUUUACAUAUGUAUAUUUAUAUAUGUCUGGGUUUUUGUCAGUCAUGCAGUCAAUCAGUAGUAGUGGUUCACUAAAACUGUGCCUUUCACAUUCUUUGGAUGCGUUUGUAUUGCAUGUCUUACUUCUGGAUCGAUUACAUUCGAUUUUUAUUUUUACAUUCACAUUUUAUUUUAUUCAACAAAACGUGGAGGUGUAUCGUUAUUUAUUGUCGUGUAUAGUUUACUGUUACAUGAAAAUAUUCUGUGAUUCAAAUAUGUUCUUUGACGGAAUAGUUUUUAUAAUCAAUAUCAGAUUACCAUUACUAACUGGACCUUUAAAAUCAAGUUGGGAUAUUCAAUUACUGUUUCCGUAGACAUUCGGAAGAUGAUUUAUAUUCAAUAUAAAAUCUAGUGUAUAUUGGAUACUGUUUAAUCAGACGUUUUUAUGCGGAUUUCACAUUUACAUUUCAUUUGAACCAUUAUCAUGCCCGUUCUUGUCGGAACACCCAGUUUGGUCCUUAUUUCACGUGUUCAGGUUUAUCAGACGUGUUCUGUUGAUCUGGCAUGGCAACGUGCAGUUCAUGCUUGUCAGCGUUGUCCUAAAGCCACGUUAACCACAAAUGCUGUCACACCUUUAAUAAGUCCGUCUGGUGGCGAGCGUGCAACCUCUAGGUUUUGUCCUGCAGGUGUGCACAUGAGUCAUUGUGUUCCAGCAUCAGAGAUAUUUGGUGCUACUAGUAAGUCUAUUCCUACUGGCGCUCAUUCUGUUCUGGCCAAUAAUGAUACUCACGGAGCAGUAUCUCCUGCUCAUUUGUCUUGGGGACCACCAGAUUUACCACUUCCUGCAGCUAGCCCUAAUCACCCUGUACAUGCCGCUCAUAUCGCUAGAUCUUCAUAUCCUCCUGCUUCAUCUCCAACUUCUUCAACCUCAUCUACUCCAGUCAAGACAACCACAUCUACAACUGUUCAUCAUUUUCACCCUGUACAACGUUCAAAACCACUAGAUUCUAAAUUUGGACUGGUUGAAAAGAUUAGUAGUACGGCAUCUGCAACUAUUACUCCGACUUCAACCUCUUCUCCGUCUUUAGCUACUACUGAUAUAACACCAUCAGUCCCACCAGAUGGGAAUAUUGUCGAAAAUCGACUACCGUCAAUUGAUAUUAGUGAAAAAGACAUUGAUUUAGCAAAAUCUGAUAACAAUGAAUCCGAUAAGCCUCAUUUUAAUUUGUCUAUUCAAGAGACAUUAACAGAUAAAUCUCAUGAUGAUAUAACUGUUUGUGAGAAUAAUUUAUCAUCAUCGCAUACGGAUUCCUUACGAACUGAAUAUAAUAGUGAAAGCUCUGUUGAACAACCACAUACCGCAAAUGAUGUAACGCAUGAAAACAAACCCAAACAAGAGAAUGGAGUAAUAACUAUUUGUCCAAAAGUUACACCAAACUCUGAAAAUCAACUAAGUGUAGAUAAUGGAACAAAACAUUCAUCCCAGACUAAUAAUACCACUGCUACGAAUAAACUUUUAAAUCAUGAUGCAGACACUGAUGAUAUAAGCAAAAUUAGAACAAAUAAAACAACUCCUCUACGAACAAAUGAUGGGAUUGGAUCAAAACAACACACUCCUACCGUUGCUUCAACACCAUCAGCAUAUAAUUGUCCUGCUGAAAGUAAUAAGCCAGAUGUUGAUGUAGUCGCACAUCAACAAUCUCAUGAUAAUUAUCAUGAAGUUAAUAAACCCUAUCGUAUUCAUUCCUCACAAUCGAAAAGUCUUUUUAAUUCUGACGGUGUUCAUGAAGAUGUCACAUCUUUAAUAAGUAAGACAAAUGUACCUAAUCAUACAGAUUAUACUUAUCCAUCGUCUAUGGAUUCUACUUCAUGUGUGCAAAACAAAGGAUUUGCUAUUCCUUCUUCUCCAACUCGAAUACAUAAAGCAUUGCCAGCAUUUCAUUUCCCACUUGGGACUACUCGAAUGUCUAAUGAGGAAAUUAACACAGAAUUAGAACGUGUUAAACAAGAACUUAACCAAUUUAUUGAUUCAUCACUAAAUUCUGGGAAAUAUUCUGAUCCGUUAAUUUCUCAUUCAUGUUUUGGACAAGUUGCAAAGGUACUUAAUUGUCCACUUUAUUGGAAACAUGCAAUUUAUAUGAAUGCUGGUGGUACACCAGAUCGACAACCAGUCACCUUGUCAAACUUAUUGAAAUCAUGGUCUCAUACACUGAAUACUUGUCCAGAUGAAGCUUCGAAAUUUGUUCAUCUACUUACACAUGGACGAGCUACCUUUUUAGUACAAUCUGAUUUUAAUACACUCAUACAAGAUAUUUUAGAGAGUCAUCCUGGCUUAGCGUUUUUAGAAGCAGCGAAAGAUUUUCAUUCCCGUUAUGUGGCAACCGUUGUAGCACGUAUCUUCUUCAAUGUGAAUAUUUCAUGGUCUGGUCGUAUUUCUUUAGGUGAAUUAAGACGAAGUAAUUUUCUUCCUGUGUUAGCCAGUCUUGAAAAUGAAGAUGAUAUUAAUUUGGUGACACAAUAUUUUUCUUAUGAACAUUUCUAUGUUAUUUAUUGUAAAUUCUGGGAGCUAGACGAAGAUCAUGAUUUGAUCAUCAGUCGAAGUGAUUUAGCACGACACAAUAAUUAUGCUAUCUCAGAACGUAUGAUAGACCGAAUAUUUAGUGGAGCUGUAACAAGAGGAACAGCUUUUAAAGAAGGUGUUAUGACUUAUCCAGAUUUUGUUUGGUUUCUAUUGGCUGAAGAAGAUAAACAUCAUCCUCGGAGUAUUGAAUAUUGGUUUCGAUGUAUGGAUCUAGACGGUGAUGGUCUGUUGUCAAUGUAUGAAUUAGAAUAUUUCUACUCGGAACAAUUAGCUCGAAUGGAAGAAAUGGGGAUUGAACCUAUAUCAUUUGAAGAUUGUUUAUGUCAAUGUUUGGAUAUGGUGAAACCAGCACUUACCGAUAAAAUUCGACUAUCAGAUAUGAAACAAUGUCGUCUAUGUCAUAUAUUUUUUGAUACAUUCUUUAAUUUACCAAAAUAUUUACAACAUGAACAACGUGAUCCAUUUGCUAAUUUACGUGAUAUUGAAGAAGGACUCAAUGAACUAUCUGACUGGGAUCGUUAUGCAGCUGAAACCUAUGAAAUGUUAGUCAAUGUUGAAGGUGGUGGUAAUCCAGAUGAUGGAGUUGAUGAUGAUGAAGACGAUGACGAGGAGGAGGAUGAAGAAGAGGAACAAGGUGGAGCUGUAGGUGAUGAAGGAACUGGGAGUAAUCAACAACAGAAAAACAACGAUAGUAACAAUGUAACUUCUCCCACUUCAACUGUUAUUUCAUUAGUAAAUAAAAAUGAUAAAAUCAAUCGAAAAGAUAAUGUUGGAUCAUGUGGAUUGGCUAAUAAACUUGAGUCUAUCGGUAAUAGUGAAUUGAUCAAAUUGGAAUCAACUGUUGGAGCUGGGGAGUGAGUGAGUCGUCUACACUUAUGAGUUAAAGUUGGGAAAUUGGAAUUGAUAAAAAACAAAAACAAACCAGCAUUUCUAUGGGAAGUUGGGAUAUAUCACCACAUCAAUUGAAUUUCUACCCGAUCUUAUCAGUCAGCAAAUAAUUUUUAAUAACAGAGUGACCAGUAAAUAUUUGUGUACAAUUGAGGGGGGGAUGUUCCAUUUAAGUUCUUCUCAUUUUGUACAAAAAAAGCAUAUACAUUCACUUUUUCCAUCGUUUAAUAUGUUCUCGACAUUCAGCUCUUAAUUGUUUUUUUUUAUUGACUAUCGUUUUCGGUUGGCUUCAUAGCAUGCUCAAUUUCUUUAAGAUAUUUUAGUCUCUACAGUCCUAUACAUCUUAUUGUAGUUUUUUCUAUGUGUCUGUGAUAACACUUUCAUUUUUAAGGAGAAUUUAAUCUCUUCAACGUUGAUUUAAGAUUGCCAACAAAUUCUUUCAGUUCUGUUAAUUUAAAACUUUUUACAUUCGAUGUUAGUGAUCAGAUUGUCGUUUUCGAUUCUCUAUCGUUUUCUGUUCCCUAAGAUUUUGAAUAUGUGUAUACUUUUAAUCUUGGUGAUUGUAUGUAUUAACGAUUAAGAAAUUCAAACUAGGGGUGACGAGAAUGUUGUAUUACGUUUACAUGUGACACUGAUUCUAUAACAACAACAGCGACUGGAAAAUAACAGAGUUUAUCAUGUUCAUUGUUGUUUUGUAUUUAAAACAUAUGUAUUCACCAUAAUCAUCUACCUGCAGAUUUCAUGAUAUCAUUAACAUCGUGAAUAGUGUUACUACCUAAGAUGGACAAUUGUGGAUAAAAAUGACAAUCAUAUUCGGUUCCGCGUGUACAAUAUACAAAUAAACGCACAUAUACCAAUAUGUUGUAGUAUACGGAUACUAAACAUUCAACUUCUCUUUACAUUACUUUCUUCAACUGUGUUCACAAUACUUACAAUUUCGUCAUCGUUAUUGUCUGAAUAAUUUUGAUCUCUCUAUUCGAAUUAACUAAUUGCUAUUCGUAAAAAACUGAAGUUUAGCCAAAAACCAGAAUCGUUUGAAACAUAAAUGUUUGUGCCUUGAAUAGACACUGUCUUCCUGAUUUUCUUUUCUCUCCAAAAGUGAAUUCAAGUAUUCCUUUACUUUCUUGGCUCGUUAUUUGUCUACUCAUCGCAAAGCAGACACGUACAUCGUAAAUAAAUCUGAGAAGUUACCUUUUUUGUAUUUUGAAGUAUAUAAACUGUUAUUAUUCGUAUUUACUAUUAUUAUCAUAAGCCCAUGACCCAAUUUUCCUAUCAGACUUCUUCACAAAAUUAUUAAAUUAAUUUUUCAGUGCUUUCAUCUUUGAGAAAGUAAAUAUACUGAAACGUUUGUCUACUUAUUUGUUUGUUUUUCCGCACUGGUUGGUUACACACUUAUUAUUCAUACGGAUUGUUAUAAAUAAUACAGUAGCGAUGAAAUUUGGUUAUAUAAUAGUCAAUAAUAGACAAAAGGGGAGAGGAUACGUGGAAUUUCCAGCGAUUCCAAAUAAUUUUUCAGUGAAGUCACACGAAAUCAGCGAAAAAACGUUGACUGGUCGAUUUCUAUGGAAAUAUCUAAGAAAAUAACACCUUACUUUUCUUAAACCUGAUUGCACGAUUAUCAGAUUUUACUAUUAACUUCGAUGUUUUCCCUGACCUUGAAAUCACCUCUGACCCUAUACAUACCCGAUAAUGAAAUCAUAAAGCUGAAAUUGCUACAAAAACAUGCCCUCGACUAAUUCUGGGCAAGAAAGUCAAGAUGAUGGAGUCCAGCAUAGUUGCCCUCAAAUGACCUGGUACGGCCGAGGGUGGGGAGUCAGUUCUCUCUCUCGAAAUGUUCUCACAUGACCACGUGCAUACACCCACAGCUAGUAAAAUAAACAAAAAAUAAAAGGAAUAGGAAAUCUCCCAUAUAAAUUUCCCGAUAUCAGUUGAAGUAGAAUGUUUGCAACUGUAAAAAAGCGACACCACAGAAAUGAUCACAUUUUAGAUCUAAAAGAAAAAUUCACGGGAAUAUAAAUUCCCUACUGAAUAUUUCGUUAAAACACAAAAUAGAUGACCUAAACAGCUUAAUCAAAAACGUCACAUUGAACACGAAUGGGACGUUGAGCCAACAGUAACUCCAGAAACAUGUAAAAUUAUAUAAUUGCAUAAAUACUCGUACAAAAGAUGCAAAAAGACAUUACCUGCUUUAAGAAGCCAUAAUCACUCAUGUGGCCUACAGCGUCCAGGCUGAAAGGAAACCCAAAGGCACAAAGAGCGAAAAUGGGUAUUGCGCCCCGUUAGUUGUGUCGUGUUUCAAUGUCUUUCCAGGAUAGCCAAUCGGACGUGGAUGGAAGGGGCUGAAGAUUACCGAUUUACGAGUAAACAGCGGAGUGCUUUGCCCCUUAUGCAAAUACUUCACAACAUAUCGUGUAUAGUGUAUUUAGUACAAGCCAGUAGGUAAUUUCUUAAUAGUAUUACCAACACACAUCAAUAAUAUGACUCAAAGCCAAGUGCAUAAACCGGUAAUGCUUAGAAAACGAAUUUCGAAACACAUUACACAAGAGGUGCAUACCUAUACUGAUAAUAUGGACCAGACGAUAGAUAAGUAGUCAUCCCAUCACUGAAACAAAAGUAGUAAAACUCAAUAUUCUCCUACGAUUCCAGAGAAAGGUAUAGUUAUUUACCGAAGAAAUGGUUGUAAUUGGCUUUAAAAGGGAUUUAGCUAAGUAUUGAAUACAUUUUCCAAUUGAAAAUAUUUAAUAAGAUUAAAAAAACUUGUUCAUAGUCGAAUGGAAAUUUAUUUGUGAGUACAUAGAUGACGAAAUUACCACACUGACAUGAUUAAUUUUUAAUAUUGUAAUGUGACAAUGCAAGAUCCCGAAGUACAAGGGGAACAUCAAUCCAAUCACACUUGAUGGCGAAACUCUGGAAGAGGUAGGAACUUUCUCGUACCUGGUCAUCAUAAUCGAUGAACAUAGGAGAGGCAAGGAUUGGCAAAAUAAGGGCAGCAUUCCUACAGUUGAAGAACAUAUGGAACCAAAAACAACUGUCAAACAAUAUCAAAAUCAGAAUCUUCAGUACGAACGUCUAAACAGUUUUACUGUAUGGAGCUGAAACUUGGAAAACUACCACAACCAUCAAAAACUGUACAACUAUUUAUAAACAGAUGUCUACCCAAGACACUCAAUAUCCGAUUGCCAGAUACCAUCACUAACAGCCUACUGUGGGAGAGAAAUCAGCUUCCAGCUCAGGAGGAAACUGGGAGAGACGUUGGAAGUGGAUAGGAUAUAUAUUGUGGAAAUCACCCAACUGCAUCACGAAACAAGCGCUAACCUGGGAUCCUGAAGGGAAACGGAAGAGAAAUGCCAAGGAACAUAUUGUGUCGGGGAUUCGAAGAAGAAAUCAAAAGAAUGAAUAGCAUCUGGAAAGGAUUGUCCAGGACAGAGUUGGUUGAAGACUGCUGGUGGGCGGUCUGUGCUCAUCCAUGAGGGGUAACAGGCGUAAAUUGACUCUAUUCAGUUCCAGUUUGCUAAUUCCAUUACGUCCCAUGGCCAUGUAUUAUUAUUACUACAUAUAUCCAGUUGUUUUACUUCAAAUUUGUCUUGCUGAAUAUCAUGCUUCUCGUGAACUGGCCAACUCCUAUUUUCUAUCGUGUUGAGAAUUAUUGUUGAAGUAUAGUGUACCAAGAUAUGGUGAGCAAGGACUUGACUGGUCAAAUUGCAAGUGAUAUACGAAACUAAUUAUUUUCAAUCAUCCUAAGAAGGUUUAAUUAUAUAAAUUAGUAAGUCGUUUGUAUCUAUCGCUUAUAGAGGAUUGAAAUUAUAAUUUUGUCAAUAUGUGUUCACAUGAUUAAUUAAUGUCAACUACUAUUCAGUUUAAUGUGUACAUAUCUGACUGUCAAUCAAUGUAAAUCCCAUAAAAAUUAAUGUAUUUACAUAUUCAUUUUGAUUUAUUUUAAAUGUCAAAUAAAUCAUUAUCUACUGUCUUCAUGUUCUUAAUGACGCUAUUCAAUUCAUAGUUUACAGUAAUAACUAUCAAUAUACAUCCAAUCGAUACAGGUCAGUCAUCCAGGCUAUGGAGUUCGCAUUAGAAGAAUUCCAAUCAUUCAUUACUAGGAAUUACUGUAGACCCCAAUAAAUUCAAAGUUUAACAGUAUCGAGCGUGAGUAGAGCACAGUUACAAUAUUAUUCAAUAUUUUAGUUAAAUACAGGUCGUUAAAAACAGUGGAAGUUGAUUGUU